AUGCCUCUACCUCCGACUCUGCGCAAAAGGAUGGCCCCUGGCGUGUCCGACCCGCUCCGCGACUCGCUGCUCCAGGAGCUGGAGGACUACCUCAAGCACGAGGGCCCCCCAGGAGAUGGGGGCAAGCGCAGGGAGAGCUUCAGCAGCGAGGAGAAUGUGGAGAGGGCAACUCUGGGCGACCGGGGGCAGCUGGGGUCAUCGGCCGUCCGCGGUAGAACACGACCCCACCGUGGCAAGGGGCUUGCGGGCAGCCGGGAGAGCACGAACCCACCGUGGCAAGGGGCUUGCGGGCAGCCGAUAGAACACGACCCCACCGUGGCAAGGGGCUUGCGGGCAGCCGAGCCACAGGGCACUGCGUGGUAUAAUCGAACCGACUUCCCUUCCUUCGUCCUCGCCCGUCCGCUGUGCCCCUUAAGUUUCGACCACGAGCAGAGCGGCCGCCUGGAGGAGCAAAUCCGCCUCUCGGAUCUGCAGCAGCUGCAGGCCACAUUCUCCAGCCACCGCUCAUCGCGCCACUCGGAGGACGAGGAUGACGACGCGGCGGAGGCAGAGGGCGCCUCAAGGGGGACACAGGGAAGUCGAAAUUGUUUUUUUGUUAACAAAAAUGUUUCACACCGUACCGUGGCCGUGACGAAUAACGACGUCGCGACGUUCGUCGGUGGCCCCCCACAGGGGAGAGAGCGGCGCCGGCGGCGGGCGUCCUCGCGCCCUGCCGGUGCCAUGAACCGCGCCGAGUUCCGCCAGAGCCUGCGUGAGCUGCUCGGCUCCGACCGGUGGGGCGAACAGAUGGACGGACUCUUCGACAAGGUGGACACGUCGGGUGACGGCUACGUGGACUGGGGCGACUUCUGUACCUACAUGCUCAUGCAGUACCGCGAGCGGGACUUUGCGCGCGCGCGCCACGAGGCGCCCUUCCCGCCGCUGGCGCUCGUCAUCCGCCACUGCACGCACAACAAGCAAGAGGUGUGCACGCGGCUGCUGGCGCUCGACUCGCCGGCGCCGCUGCGCUUCGUGUCUGUGAGCAAGGAGGGCGUCCUGACCGUGUGGGACCGCCACCUCCGCCUGCAGCGCUCCUUCCAGGAGGAGGUGGAGGACCCGCGCGGGGGCAAGCGGCGCUUCCGCACGUGGAGCACGGACGCCGUGGUGCUGCCCGACGUCCACAAGAUCGCCGUGAGCACGACGAGCCGCGACAUCCGCUUCUACGACAUCUCCACGCCCAACUUCACGCAGGAGUUCCAGCUCUUCGCCCUGAACAACGUGCCGACCUGCAUGCAUUACUCGUUCAAUGAGAAGGCCCCCGGGAGCCCCUCUGUGCUCCUGUGGGGAGACGACUCCGGCGCUGUGAACCUGCUCACCAUCCUGCAGCCCCACGCGGGCCUCUUUGAGAAGCCCUUCAGCCGCGAGGAGGGCGUCCGUCGGAUCUUCAUGCAGGACCUGGGCGACCACGCCCGGCUGCUGAAGCUGCGCGUGAUCCCCGGGGUUCACGAGGGGCCGGUGCGCGCUCUCCGCUUCGUGGCCGAGGAAGGAGGAGGUGGAAGAGGGGGUGGAGAGGAUGACCGCGGCGGCCUGCUGUUCUCGUGCUGCGAGAGCGCCCGCACCUCUCUGGUGGUGCGCGACGUGGCCGGGCGGCGGAAGCCGUACGUGUGGAGCAUGAGCAAGGGCUGUCAGUGCUUCGACUACAGCCGCGAGCUGACGCUGGUGGCGGCGGCGGGUGCCGACUGCCUGGUGCACGUGUGGAACCGGUACGUGACGUCACGCCCCGUCGUCAGGCUGCAGGGCCACGCCGCGCCCGUGCUGGCGCUCGCCAUCGUGCACGAGCGUCGCACGCUCAUCAGCUACGGGAAAGACGCCGUGGUGAAGGUGUGGGACCUGCAGGAGCAGCACGCGUGCCUGCAGACGCUGUGCGUGCGCUUCCCGUGCGUGCAGCCCGGGCGCACGCUGCGCCACGGCGACUUCCCGCUGCUGCUGCUGCCGCCGCCGCUGCACGGCGUGCUGGCGUCGUGCGCCGACUACGUAGCGCUGCUGCCGCUGGGGGUGCCCGAGGCGCGCGGCGCCGGGAUCUACACGCACGGCACGGCGCUGUCGGCCGCGGCGUACAACCCGCUCUUCCGCCAGGUGGUGACGGGCGGCGAGGACUCGUGCGUGAUCGUGUGGGACGUGGAGACAGGGGCCAAGUGGCUCGCGCUGAACAACGCCCACGGCGAGGAGGAGAUCACCUCGCUCGGCUUCGACUCCUCCGGCCGGCGCCUGCUCACGGGCGCGAGGAACGGCACCGUCAAGGUGUGGAACGUGCAGAACGGACACAACCUGCUCAAGCUGCAGGCCGUGGGUGCGGCCGAGGUGACGGGUGUGGCGUGCCUGCGCGAGCACAAGCUGCUCACCGUGGGCUGGAACCGCAAGAUCCUGCUGUAUGACGACUCCAAUCCGGACGUGACCGCCCUGAAGGCGGACAGCAGCUGGAAGGGUGGGCAACUGCACAGGGAGGACAUCCUGGCUCUGAGCUACUCGCCCGCCCUCGGCCUGCUCGCCACGGCGAGCUACGACGGAGCGAUCUUCGUGUGGAGCGCCGAGACGCAGAAGCUCUUCCUGCGCCUGGGCGAGCACGGCUCGAGCAGACCGCCGAGGCCCGUGGACCGGCUGCUCUUCCUGCAGGCGCGAGCUGCGGACGCGGGCCUGCGCGACGCGGCGCUGCUGCUGAGCUCCGAGGGUGGCUGCGUGCACUGGUGGCAGCUCUACGGGCAGCAGCAGAGGCACCUGGGCUCGUUUUACACUCCUGCCCGGCCCGACGAGCUGGUACUGGGCCUGGCCAGCAGCCACGACGACGGCGUGCUGGUGACGGGCGACACAGCGGGCUUCCUGCGGGCGUGGGACGUGCGGGCCUACGGCCUGCGGGCCGGCGGCACGGUGUGGCUUCCCCCCUCCCACCGCACCUUGUUGUUUUUCUGCAGUCAUAAUAAUCACCGCCACAGUAUGUUCACGUACGUACGUCAUCGGAACAGGAAGAAAAAACUAAAGCCGUCGGUGCCGAGCUCCCACAAGCCAAAAGCCGCUGCUGCGAGGCCGACCAGAGUUCACGCUCCUCGAGAUCGGUGGCGGUAUCGCAGUUCAUUUGUGGCAAGCACUCCGCGUGUGACGAGCGCGACGAGCGGGCGAUGGAUUCUGAGCGGGUGGAUGCGGCUGGCGCAGGAGGACGAUGGCGGUGCGGAGGCAUCGCCGCCCUGCCUGCGCUCCUGGCUGGCGCACACCCGAGCCGUGGUCCACGCCGAGGUGCUGCGGCUCGACUCGACCUCCUACGUCAUGAGCGCCUCCGGCGACCGCACGGCCAAGCUGUGGACGCUGCUCGGCGAGCCUGUCGGCACCUUCGGGCAGGAGCGGCCCUGGGACCUGAAGGACCCAGCGACGUACGGAGCGCAGCUGGCGCCCGUCGCGGACAGCCAGGAGGCCGGACCCGCGCAGGGGCCGCGGAAACCCUCUCCUCGCUCGUCGGAGACCGGAGAGCGGGAGACCGCCGGGCGCGACGCCGGGCGCGACGCCGGGCACGACGCCGGGCGCGACGCCGGGUCCUCCCCGGAUAGUCUGGCGGUGGCGGAGCAGGAGGAGAGAUCUCAUGGCAAGACGCAGGAGUCUCGCUCGCCCAGCGAGACCGAGCUGCUGGAGGAACAGAAGCGGAGCUCACGGAGCGAGGAGGAACCCACGAACGAGGACGCGGCGGCGGUCCGCCUUGGCACGGAUCGGAGCGCGAACGCGUCGGGAGUGGCGCGGCAGGAGCGCCGUGCUCGCUACUCGGCCGUCAACAUCGCCAAGACGGCUCGCUUCGAGUCUCUCUGCUCCCCAUUCCAAGCCCUCGUCACGCCGGAGGUGGUGGCCGUGCAGCUGCCGGCCGACUUGCCCAUGACGGCGCGGAUGCGGAGCCGCGGGGUGAGCUGCCGCUCGGAGGGGGAGCUCCGGGCCCUGCGGCUCAAGAGCCUCGAGUGGGAGCAGGAGGCGCCGGCCGAGGGAGUGGCCGCCCAGGAGCACCCAUCCGUGCGGCCGGGGCCUCCGCAGAGCCGCAGAUAGCGGGGAGGGCAGCCCCUCCCCCCCCCGCCAGACGCCACCCCGUCCGCCAAAGUCAGCGGCAGACCGUUAACCGUCGUUAUCUUCUUGCUUACCGUCGUGAGUUUUUGCCAUCUCGUGUGUUCACGAAUUAAGACUUCCCCGUAAUGCAGGUGGCUCUCGGUGGAGUUCAAUGUCCUCGCUGAGAGUUGCUCAAGUUUCUGACUAUCCUUCGGUCAGCUUUAGGGACCAUUUCCAUCGCCCGGUGCCCCUUUUCCAGAAGAAAACGCGAUCUUCCCCCACUCCCUCUUGGGAAAACAAAAUCACCCUCCACUGUCUCGGGAAUCCCUUCCUCACGUCAUGCACCAAUACUCCAGGAAUAAAAAUGGUGUUGUCAAUGCAAGGGGCUCUCACAAGACCGUUUUUACAAAUAAUCAUCGUGCGUAAACAUGUAAAUUAAAUUAUACUGGAGUCAGGGCUGGCGACUUUUAUAUCCUCCUAUUGCCAUA